CCAUCAUAUACGUUUUACGCGCCUCGAUCAGAAAUAAGUUCACACAGCCUAAUAAACCCCUCGAGAAGACAAGUGUAAUCGCCAGGGGAAGCGCGCGAGAUGGACGCAGCUGGCGUCGCCGCAAAGCCGUCGCUGUCGAGGAAGCCCUCGCCGUCGUUCCGCCUCCGGAACGGCAGCCUGAACGCGCUGCGGCUGCGCAGGGUGUUCGACCUGUUCGACCGCAACGGCGACGGCGAGAUCACGCUCGACGAGAUGGCGUCCGCGCUCGACGCGCUCGGCCUCGGCGCCGACCGCGCGGGGCUGGAGGCCACGGUCGGGGGCUACAUCCCCGCGGGCGCCGCGGGGCUCCGCUUCGGCGACUUCGAGGCACUCCACCGCGCGCUCGGCGACGCGCUCUUCGGCCCCGUCGAGGAGGAGGAGCCCGGGAAGCAAGGGGAGGACGACGACGAGGGCGACAUGAAGGAGGCGUUCCGGGUGUUCGACGAGGACGGCGACGGCUUCAUCUCCGCCGCCGAGCUGCAGGCCGUGCUCAAGAAGCUCGGCCUCCCCGAGGCCCGGAACCUCGCCACGGUGCAGGAGAUGAUCUGCAACGUCGACCGCGACUGCGACGGCCGCGUCGACUUCGGCGAGUUCAAGUGCAUGAUGCAGGGGAUCACCGUGUGGGGCGCUUGACGGCGGCGAGCGAGGCCGCCGUCCUUCGUCCUCUCCCCGUGUGUCAUAUUCUGAAGCAUCUGAAGAUUGAUCUAGGAGCUAUAACAUUACCCUUGGAUUGUUUCAGUCAAUACUGAUUCAGUGUUUGUUGUAUGUUGGUCAUAAUGCAGGUAAUGAUGACUGUAAUUUCAGUACUGUUUGUUUAACUCUUGGUUUUACCCUUCACUAAUCUAGGCAUGUAGCCAGAUAGGUCUUGUGCGCAUCUGUGUCAUUGUGUUCCUCCUAAUCCAAUAAGCUUUCUGUAUGUAAGAAGAACAAUGUGACCUAUAUCAGAACAAUGGUCUUUUUGUUAAUUAAAAUUGUAAUAAGCGUGUGCUUGGUUACUGGUGGAAUGUUUUUUUUCCCUUUGUAUC